GGUGGCUUCGUUGCAGAGGUCAGGCUAGAGGCCCGAGCAGCGCUGCACCAGGCCCUGGAGAUGAAGCGGCAGGGGAAGCGCGAGAAGGCCCACAAGCUCUUCCUGCACGCGCUCAGGAUGGACCCGGACUACGUGGACGCCUUGACCGAGCUUGGCCUCUUCUCCGAGGAGGAGGAGGACAUCAUCCAGGCGGACUUCCUGUACUCCAAGGCCUUGACCAUCUCCCCGCACAACGAGAAGGCCCUGAUCAGCCGCGACCGGACGCUGCCCCUCGUGGAAGAGAUCGACCAGCGGUACUUCAGCAUCAUUGACAGCAAGGUCCAGAAGGUCAUGUCUAUCCCCAAAGGCAGCUCUGCCUUGCGGAGGGUGAUGGAGGAGUCCUACUAUCACCACAUCUACCACACCGUGGCCAUUGAGGGGAACACUCUGACGCUCGCUGAGAUUCGGCACAUCAUUGAGACCCGGUAUGCCGUUCCCGGGAAGAGCCUGGAGGAGCAGAACGAGGUCAUCGGCAUGCACGCAGCAAUGAAAUACAUCAACGCCACCCUUUUGUCUAGGAUAGGCUCCGUCACCCUCACUGACGUGCUAGAAAUCCACAGGAGAGUGCUUGGCUAUGUGGACCCCGUAGAAGCUGGGAGGUUUAGGACUACUCAGGUGUUUGUUGGGCACCAUAUUCCGCCCCAUCCUCGUGAUGUGGAAAAGCAGGUGCUGGAAUUUGUGCAGUGGAUGAACUCCGAGGAUGCCAUGAGCCUGCACCCGGUUGAAUUUGCUGCUUUGGCCCAUUACAAAUUGGUGUACAUCCACCCAUUUGUAGAUGGCAACGGCAGGACAUCCCGGCUCUUGAUGAACCUCAUCCUCAUGCAGGCCGGCUACCCACCGAUCACCAUCCGGAAGGAACAGCGGGCAGAGUACUACCACGCCUUGGAGGUGGCCAAUGGAGGGGACGUCCGGCCAUUCAUCCGCCUGAUUGCCAAAUGUACCGAGACAACCCUCGACAUGCUGCUCUUCGCCACCACAGAGCAUUCAGUGGGCCUUCCCGAAGCACAUGGCGGCAGCGCCACCACAGACUGCAAACAGACCAUCUUGCUCAAAACUCGGACCUGAACAAUGCCCCCAGGGAGAAGAGCUAGAAAAGCACUUUCUGUAGAACAUUUCAUUUAUUUAAUUAUGUCUUAAGUUAAAUCUUUUAAUACAGUGACCUCUCCAUAUUUAUUACCCCAUAAUAGGCCCUGAUGUAACUUGUCUAAUUUUAUUUCAAAAGGGAGCAGGCCAGCAGGAUGCCACAGGACUGCUUUUCUUGCCAGCGUUAGCCGGUUAAUAGUCAAGCAGGGCUAUUUUAACUGGGAAAAUCCAACCCAUGGUGAACUUUCCAGCCAGAGAUGGUCAGAUAUGGAAAAUGUGGCUGUUACUUUAUCCAGUGAAGUCCAGUCAGGAAUUCACUGGUGUGCUUAGUGAACUGGUGCAGUUCUGGUGUAGUUAGGUUUACUAACACAUGGGGAGGCCCAAACACCACCCCUUUAGGAAAGGGGAAAGGAAGCUUAUGUAAAUCCCGCAAAGCUGCAGUUGAAACUGCCCCCAUUUGUGAAUGUGGCUGAGGUUCCAAAUCUAAAACCAAACCGGCUUCCUGCGUGCCAGUGCCUUAGUAGGGACCUAACUUGUAUUUGUACUGAACUAUGCCUUCGCUGUUCCCCUGCCCCCUUUCCAGCAGAGUCACUCCAGAAAGAUGUCUCAGUUUGGGCUGGGACCAAAAGCUAAGUCUGCGGGCUCCAGGGGCUUUGGACUGCUCCUUAAAAACAAACAAAGCCAUGGGAAACUGAACAAUGAACAAUACCACAGCAGAGUACUGUUUGGAAGUUGAAGAACUCAACCAUUGAACAACCCAAGUUUGCUCUUUGGCUCUGGUGCGGUACUGACUGUGCAAAAAAACAACAACCCUAUAAAGCAACACAUACUCAAAGUUGAAGGGCUUCCUAAAAGCCUUGUUUGAUAGCACUUUACUUUUAUUUUACUUGGAACGUGUAAAUGUUGCCUCAGAUCUCAAAGGAGAAAAGGGUGAGAUAUGUGCGCUUUUCUUAAGCUGCAAACUGAGCGCACACACAUCAUCUGGGCCACCGAAUGAGCCCCUGUCCCUCUUCUGGUCGCAUUCUUGGCUCACCAGUUUGCCAUCUCGGCUGUCCCUUUGAAGCAGCACUCUUGGAAGAACGCAGAUGCAUUGGACAGGCAUGAUCAAACCUUAGCCCCUUGAGUCAGUCCAGACUUUAGGGAGAGGGCAGCCGCCUUGCUUAGCCCUAUUUUUAAGGGAAGACUGGCAGGCACAACCACAGUGCGGUGUCUGAAAUAUGAGCAGUAUCUGACAAAGUAUUUCUGUACCACAGUUUUGCAAAGUCUAUGCAUAUUUGGUUGGUUGCAAUAAAGAAAUUUCCUGA